AUGCACUUUGCCAAAGCCAUUCUGCCACUCCUGGCUCUAGGGGCCGUUGCUUCUCCUGUCCCGGUUGAAUCAACUAAAUUGGGCGAGGUUGCCAACGGCAGCCCGCGUCGCCGUGACGUCGAGCAGCUCGGCGACGUUGCCAACGGAAGCCCUCGCCGUCGCGAAAUCGAGCAGCUCGGUGAGGUUGCCAACGGUAGCCCGCGUCGCCGUGACGUCGAGCAGCUCGGUGAGGUUGCCAACGGUAGCCCGCGUCGCCGUGACGUCGAGCAGCUCGGCGACGUUGCCAACGGAAGCCCUCGCCGUCGCGAAAUCGAGCAGCUCGGUGAGGUUGCCAACGGUAGCCCGCGUCGCCGUGACGUCGAGCAGCUCGGUGAGGUUGCCAACGGUAGCCCGCGUCGCCGUGACGUCGAGCAGCUCGGUGAGGUUGCCAACGGCAGCCCGCGUCGCCGUGACGUCGAGCAGCUCGGCGACGUUGCCAACGGAAGCCCUCGCCGCCGCGAUCUUGAUCAUCUGAACCAGAUCGUCAGCACUGGCGCGAGCCGUUAA